AACAAAUAAACCGAAAUCGGUUAAAUUGCAAUUUCAGGGAAAUUCAAAAAUGCAAUGAAAACUAAAUAAAAAUGAAUAAAAAAUUAAAUUGAUCGACUGUUUCCAUAGUUCAACAAUAUGAUAACCUUUCAUAUUGUUUACAUAUUAACAUCGGACUCAAUCAGUAAUUUAACCUCAAACCCUAUUCGGGUUAUCUCAACAUAUUUAAUUAGUUCAUCUACAUUUAAAACAAUCAUAUAUGUUUAUGGUUAACCUCAUCACAACCUGAGAUUGAGAUCAUUACAGUUUCACUCAUCGUGUUCAAUGUGAUCUUGAUUAUUAUCUAUUUUGAAUGAAGGUUAGAUGGUCAUGGUUUCUGUGUAACUAAGCAUUUAAUUGUUGAUUUCAUGAUUGUACAAGUUAAUGCGAAAAUUUUAUCACUAAAAUUGAAAAUGAAUUGAGGAAAUGCAAGUUUUCCAGAUUUUAACAUUUAAUGGCUCAUUUUGAAAGACAAUAAAAUGACCUUUUCUGCUCUUCAAACCGUUGUUUGUGAAAAUUGAAUCUUGAAACCUGAACCUUUUAAAUUGAAUGGAAAUUUGUAAUUUGUAUUUAAUUUGUAGCCAAUUUUUGGAUAAACACUUGAAAGCAUUGAAUCCAAAAUGCAUUCUGUAACCUCUAAAGGCUCCAAUCUGUCAGUGAGUUUCAACUUUCAACGCAGGCUUAGUUAACAGUGUCACCUUUUAUUUUGCCAGUUUCACUCCAAGAUUGUUCAUAGACUCAGUUUUUUCCCUCAAGAACAAUGUUCAUGGUUUUACUCGUAAAAAUAUAGGAACAACUUAUCCUGGUUUCCCUGUUUAUUUCCUCUUUUACCGAAUAAAUUCAAACAAACUUAACCAGAGAAGAAAAAAAAGUUCCAUCUUUUAAUGAAAUUGCCCAAAUCAUCACCAGAAUCGAUAAAAUAAUUUCACAAUUUACAACAAUUGCCUCAAUGAUGAGUGUCGAUGAAAAAGUUUCAAACAAAUUCAGUGAAAAUUUAGUCAACAAUCGAAAGUAAAGUUUACCAGAAAAACAUGAAAUGACGGACAAUUUGAUUAACCAUUCAAUCUGAAAAUGUCAACAACCAAUUUAGUUUGCAUCAUCAUCUUAACAGUGACCCUUUCAAUGGACAGUUUGACAAUGGCCAUUGAUGACGAUUGGAUCCAUAACAAUAACAAUAAUGUUUUGUCCUUUAGCCACAAGAACAACAAAAGGGAAACCAAAUUAACUCACAGAAAUGGCUUAUCUAAACACCAUCCAAGUCAAGUUGGAACCAAUAAAACCAAUAACAGACUUCAUUUCACUCAAGAACCACUGAAUCAGGUUACAUUUUUCAAUACCGAAGGAACCAUUGUUGAAUGUUGGGCACACUCAACAUCACCUGUUAAAAUAACUUGGGCCACAAGUGAGGGCAAAAGGUUGUCAGAUGUAACUGGAUUAAGGUACAUUCGAGAUGAUGGACUUUUAGUGUUUCCACCGUUCAGUCCAACCGAUUAUAAGCAAUCCAUUCAUUUCAACCAAUACAUUUGCAUUGCCACAGAUGAAUAUGGAUCCAUUGCAAGCCGAUUGGUGACAGUUAAAGGAGUUAUUCGUCGCUCUCUGACUAUACACGUUCACGAUCAGCACAUUGAAACAGGAGGAACAACCGCUUUCACCUGUCACAUAUCAGGCUCUGAAUGGAGCAGCCAGUUGAUGAGUGUUACCUCAUGGCUUGAAGAGCCUUCAGGACGAGUGAUCAUAACAAUCCCAAGUAAAUCCCUAACGAUAGGAACCCUUUUAUCGAGUAAAUACAUUGCACUGGAUGAUGGUCGACUUUACAUAAACUCAGUGUCAACCUCAUUAAACAACAAUCGCUACCGGUGCCGUGUAAUCUGUAAACUAACAGGCGAAGUAUUAACAAGUUCAUCAGCCGGAAGAUUAAUUGUUACAGCCACUCGGGAACCAUUUGCACCUCAAAUAACAGUGAAAAGUGACCUUAUCAUUGGUGAACUUGCAAGUCAAGUUGUUGUUACCUGUAUAGCUUCAGGUUAUCCAUUACCUUCAUACAAAUGGAUACCAAGAUAUUCAAUGAUUAAACAACAUUCCCUUCAACAUUUAAUGGAGUUGACCGGUGAUAAUGGGCAAACCCAGAAUAACCAAAGUUUACACUCAGUCAAUUAUCUGAGUGACACUUCUCAAGCCGAUCAAAGGUACAUCCAAGUUAACCAGUUUUUGGUUAUAAAAAACUUGACUCAACCAGAUAUGGGAACCAUUGGAUGUUGGGUUAACAAUUCAUUGGGUCAAGAUAAGGUUUCCAUUCAACUAAUGGUUCGCUCUCCAUUAAGAGUCAACUUAUCCAUAAUCAGUGAAAGAGAUUCUCAAGUAACUUUGAUCAACUGUGAUUACAUCGGAUAUCCUGUUACCUCAAUUGAAUGGCGACUCAAUGGUCAACCAUUGAGCUCAUUGUAUUCCUUUAAUGGUUCCUCAACAAUUAAACUGUUAACUGUGACCAGAUUAAAAAUUGAAAGGAUAACAGAGAAAGAACAAGGUUACUAUCAGUGUUUCAUUUCAAAUGAAUAUGAAUCAGCACAUGGAAUUGUUCAACUACAGAAACCAAUAAUUGCCUUACAAUUUUUGGAAACUUUCAACUCUAUCAUAUUAUCUGAAGGCGAUUCACUUCAAUUGGUAUGCAAAGUUGAAGGUUAUCCAAUGCCGAGGAUAAUCUGGACUCUGGAUUAUCAGCCAAUAUCCAACUCAGCCAAUAAACGAGAAAUCACAACACAAUUGGACUCAAAGGAAAAUGUUGUUGUCAGCAAAUUGAAAGUAGAGUCAAUUAUCCUGUUGGAUGCAGGCUUAUAUGGUUGUGUGGCUGAAAAUUCAGGUAAAAAGAUUGUCCAUUCAAAUAGAGUGAACGUUCGAGGCCUUCCUUUUGUCAAAUCUCUUCUCAAUCGGAUCACAAUUGCCGGAACUCAGUUAACGGUCCAUUGUCCAGUCGUUGGUUACCCAAUAGAUAGACUGCUCUGGAUCAAAGAUGGUCAAGUCCUUCCAUACAAUAGUAAUCAAAAUGUGAACUCUGAUGGAAGCCUUGAGAUUCGCAAUCAAAGUAAAGCUCAAGAUCAGGGUAAAUACACAUGCCGAGCAUUCCAAGGAAACUAUUCAUCAGAAUCUACUUUUUUACUCUCCAUAAAAGUUAAACCCGUUAUUGAAUCAUUCCGCUUCCCUGGUGGACUCCAUGAAGGACAGAGAGCCUCAAUUUCUUGUACUGUUGCUACUGGAGAUUAUCCAAUGGUCAUUACUUGGUCAAAGGAUGGCUCGAUAAUACCAAAUGAUUCUUCUAGUCCCAAAGUCAUUUCAGUUUCUGAUUAUUCAAGUAGUCUGCUCUUUGAAUCGCUUGAUGUAACUCAUCGAGGAAAUUAUACAUGUCGAUCAACGAAUGACGCCGGUUUCACUGAACAUUCAGCUUAUUUAGAAAUUAAUGAAGCACCAUUGUGGACACUUGAGCCAGUUGAUAGUUGGUCAAUCCGAGGCAAUAAAGUAAUUAUCCACUGCCAAGCAAAUGGUUAUCCUGUUCCAAGAAUUAGAUGGUCCAGAUCAGUUGAUUCAUCUGGAAAAGAGUUUAAACCAAUCGCGAGUAAUCCUCACAUGCAAGUCCAUGAAAAUGGUUCAUUGAUAAUUCAUGAAACUGUCUCAUCUGAUGCUGGUUAUUACCUUUGUCAAGCUCAUAACUCAGUUGGACCAGGAUUAAGUAAAGUGGUUAAUCUUAAUGUUUAUGUUAAAGCCCAUUUCACUGAGCACAACUUGCACAAUUAUUCGAAGAUCGGUGAAAACACAGCAUUGACUUGCAUCGCUCAUGGCGACGAUCCUUUAGACAUGCAAUGGUCCAAAGAUGGUGAAACAAUUGCAUGGAAUUACGUCGGAACAUUAAACCAUCAGCACCAAUCCAGUGGCCUAAACAGUUUUUCCCAUUACAAGCUAUUCGAAGAGCAUUUGCCUAACCUUGUCCGUUCAGAACUUCACAUAAGCUCAAGCAAAUCAAGUGAUAAUGGUCUAUUCAAGUGCCGUUCGUCCAACUCAUUUGGCACAGACGAGCUUACCAUUAAACUAACAAUCCAAGAGCCUCCAAGUCAACCCAUUAACCUAACAGUUGACAAAAUAUCUUCUCGUUGGAUCUCAAUUUCCUGGAGAACUCAGUUUAAUGGACAUUCUCCAAUUACAAAUCACUUGAUUCAAUACACUGAAUCAUGGUCAUCACCAGAGAGCACUUUAAUGGACCAAUUAAAAGUCAUGGUUGUGAUGGGUGAAUCAAUGAAUGCCAAAGUAACCGGUCUACGUCCAGGUCAAAGGUAUACAUUGGUUGUUAUCGCUGAGAAUGCAUUAGGACGAAGCAACAGUUCCAAUCCUGUUCAAUUGGCGACCGAAGAAGAGCCUGCCUCUUCCUCACCAUUGAACCUUUCACUCAGCCCGUUAUCGUCCACAUCAAUUCGAGUGACUUGGGAGCCACCCGAAGUGAAAGACAGAAAUGGACAGAUUCUGGGUUAUUAUAUUGGAAUAAGAGUCGCAAAUGAAAUUGCCUUGCCUUACACUUACUAUACUUAUAAUGUUUCAGACGAAAGUGAAAGUGCCCCAAACGAUGGACGAAAUGUUGAGAAAAGGAUUUCGAGUGAAAAGACUUUUUCUCAUUCAUCAGCAUCACAACGUCUUUCAAUUAUUUUAGAUAACCUCAAACAGUUGACUAAGUAUUCUAUAAUUGUUCACAGUUUCAAUAGCAAGGGUUCAUCUCCAGCCACCAAGGAAAAACAAGUGACCACUUUUGGCAUCGAUUUACCGUCCACUCCUAGUCCAUCAAUAGUUUACAUCUCAUCAACCUCAAUCCAUCUAACUUGGACUCAAGUUAUCGAUGAUUCACAUCCAAUCCAAGGUUAUCACAUUUACCAUCGGAUAAGUUCAUCUUCACCAUCAAGCAACAGACAUUACUCAAUGGAACCUGAUAAAUGGUCCCAAAUCACGUUGAUUGGACAUCAAACAUUUUACACCUUCCAAGGCCUUGAAUGCGCAACUUUGUACCAUUUUUAUUUGGUUGCCUACAACUCGAUGGGACUCAGUCCACCGAGCGAUAUUCUCGAGGCUAAAACGAAUGGAUCACUGCCCAUCAUUCCCGAUUAUUCCGAAGCAAUCUAUCAAAAUUCAUCUUCCAUUUAUGUUUCACUGGAAGCAUGGCGUUCAUCUGGUUGUCCGAUUGAAGAUUUUAUCAUUAAAUAUCAAAUAAAUUCGGGCUCAACUUCACGUUGGAAUCAACUAGAAAUUCCAAGUGAAUUUAAAUGGAAAGGAUUGGUUUCCAUUGAACAUGCUAUUGGAAGCAUCAGUAAGAUUCAGAUUUCAGUUCACAACAAACUGGGAAUAACCAAAGUCGAAUACAUUUUCUCUCCUCUUUCCUCGCCACUAUCAUUUCCAUUGACUAUCUCAUCUUCAACCUCAUUGUCUUCCGCCAUGUCUUCAUCAAAAGCAACAAAUUCAACUGCAAUCUCAAGAUUGAAUGUAAACAUUGAGAGCAACAAAAGGCCAAGCUCAACUAAACUCACCUCUAAAGUGGCCAACAAGUUGACUAAUGGAUUCAAUGAAACACUAAUUUCGCAAAUAAUUUAUUACGCCGCUUGGGGCUCAGUUAUUUGGCUGAUUGUGCUGUUGAUUUACUUCGCCUCUAAAAGUACAAUCUGGUCUAAUCGUGAUAAUAAUGAAUCCAAGAGGAAAAGCGGUAAAUCGAUUGAAUCGGAAGCUGUCCAAUCAAGAGUCGUCUUGGAAAACACCAACUCAACUAACAGAAAUUUAACCUUGCAUGAUCAUAUUACAGACGAUCCAAGUAAUUGCAUGACCAUGAAAGUACAAGAUAAGUGUUUUGAACCUGAAACUUUAGUAACUAUGGUUAAGAUGACGGCAAAUGGAGCAACGCAUGAACCACUCUAUUCAACCAUCAUGAAGAAGUCUCAAUGUAAAUUGUAAAUCAAAUUCUUGUAUAAAAUCAUUUUCGAGUUUCUAAUUGUAAAUUUGACACAUUUUUGCACUUCGAUCAAACAAUAAACAAAUUCACCGAAUUUUAACAAAUUA